GAAGCAGAUGCCCCACGAUGCCAUGCCAUGAUCUCAUCUAUAGCACUUUGUCGGAAUCCAUUGCUCAUCCUCCAAAGUAGUUUCUUGGUCCUUGCAGUAGCUCAAGGUGCUUCCCACAAUGUAAGCGUGGGCGAUUUUCUCACUACCAAUGACCAAAACCUUACAUGGCAAUCACCAUCCGGCGAUUUUGAACUUGGGUUUCGCCGUGCUCCAGACCAACAAGAUCGAUUCCUCCUUGCUAUCUGGUUCGCAAAGAUACUCGGAAAAACAAUAGUUUGGUCUGCAAAUGGAGAAAACCUUGUAGAGAUAGAAUCCAAAGUUGAGCUUGCCUCCAGUGGCCUAGUGCUCAGGGCUCCUUCCGGUAUGGAGCUUUGGUGGAAUAACAGCACCCAAGAUGGCACUGGAGGAGUAUCCCAUGCAGCCAUGCUAGAUACCGGACACUUUGUCAUCGCAAGCAGGAAUUCAGAUAACAUAUGGGAGAGCUUCCAAAAUCCAACAGGCACCCUCUUGCCAGGACAAGAACUAGGCCUAAACAGUACCCUUUCAUCAGCCUUCUCUGUAACAAGCUACAAGAAGGGGAAAUUUCAACUCCGUUUCACCUCCAAAUCUCUAGUUCUCAAUCAAAUAGAUGUCUACACUGGGAAACCUUUCCUUUUUUACUUCAACAUCACAGAUUGUUCGGGAUUGAUCUUCAACAAAUCCGGGUUUAUCCAGAUAAGGAAAUCAAAUGGAGGUAUUGUGAACAUUUCUCCAGAAAAUACAGUCCCAAAACAGGACUUAUACUAUAGGGCAACACUUGAUUUUGAUGAAGUUUUCGCCCUGUAUUCUCACCCCAGAACCUCCUUUGGAGAUGAAAGCUGGUCAUCCUGGUGGUAUAGACCGAUAGAUAUCUGCUUCAGCUUUUUGAGUAAAGAUAUUCCUCUGGGAAGCGAGCCUUGUGGGCACAACAGCAUCUGUCAACAUGACCAGGAUGGAAGGGGCUGUUUGCCAGUGCCCAUUUGGGUUUUCUUUCUUGGAUGCAAAGAAUCAGCACAAUGGAUGCAAGCCAGACUACAAGAGCCUGUAAACCAGACAGAAUGCAGGAGGUCUUGCCUUCUUGACUGUGCCUGUGCAGUAGCCAUCCUGGAAGAUCCGAAGCUGAACAAUGGCACUGGAAACUGCUGGAAGAAGAAACUACCGCUUUCAAAUAUGAUAAAAGCAAACUUAACAGAAAAGAAUUAUGUUGCUGUGAAGAAACUAGACAAGGUUGUUCAGGAAGGGGAAAAAGAGUUCAAGACAUCUCCUAUUUAUAAGACUCAUGGUUUUAUAAUUGUCAUUUGUAGAUUGCUUAGAUAUUGUGAUGAGGCUGAGGACUGGCUUCUUGCGUAUGAGUUGUUGCAGAACGGAUCUCUAGCGAGCUUCUUGUUCAGAGUUCUGAGGCCUAGUUGGCAACAGAGACUGCGGAUUGCAUCUGGAAUUGCAAGAGGACUAACAUAUCUGCAUGAAGAAUGCAGCACUCAAGUCUUUCACUGUGACAUAAUGCCUCAGAAUAUUCUCCUAGAUGAUUCUUUUACAGCAAAAAUCUCAUAUUUUGGAUUGGCAAAACUUCUGAUUAACAGCAAGAGCCAUAACCUGGCAGGCAUUAGGGGAACUAAAGGAAAUAUUGAACCAGAGUGGUUCAAGAGUACUCCUGUCACAGUGAAAGCAGAUGUGUAUGGCUUUGGAGUAGUGUUGUUGGAGAUCAUCUGUUGCAGAAGAUGUGCCAUGUUUGAGAUAGAGGAGGCAGCAAUCCUAACAGAAUGGGCAUAUGAAUGCUACAACGAAGGGAAUUUCGGGAAGUUGGUGGAAAAUGAUGAAGAAGCAAGAAAAGAUAUGGGGAGGGUGAGGAUGCUGGUGAAGGCGGCAAUGUGGUGUGUGCAGGAUGAGCCAUCACAAAGGCCUAACAUGAGAACGGUCACUAUGAUGGUUGAAGGUGCUGUCCUGGUUCCUGCUCCACUCCAUGCCCUUUUCUGUAAAGCUUCAAGUCUCAAGAUUCAUCCAACUUCAGUCCCUCAAGGAAGAAUAAACUUCUUUGAUUAUUAGCAAGAUUUUUUCUUUCCGACCAGUUCAACUCACUGCCAAGCAAAAACCUCUUCUUCAUUAAGGUCGUCCAUGUUGCAACAUGUGAAUGAAAAUUUAAAAAAAAA